AUGAAUCUCAAUGGGCUGUCCUGGCCUACGAAGCACCUUCACACGAGCACCAGGAACGGAUCAACAUGGGGAUAUGUCAUCUAUCGCACCACAUUUACUCCCCAUUCCAACGCCGCGUUCCUCCGAAUUGUCGAUCUUCUCAACUCCUAUAUGAAACAUGGAUUAUGCUCAGAGUGCGUCUCCUCUGGAAACAACACCCCAACCAAGACAGAACUCACUUUUUAUCACGAACUCUGGGCUCAGCACAGCUCAGUCAUCAUGAACCAUCCAAGGUUUGACAGAGCUUCAAUAGACUCAGUUCGCGUUCAUUUUCGACGCUGGGUUGAUACACAAGAGAAUCAGGGUCUCUCUACUCAAUAUCGCAUGUGUAUGGUGAUCGAUGAAGAGUCUUUACAGACAUUGCUCGAUACUCCGCCACCUCAAGAGUGCUCGGAUGAAAAGCUCAUUGAUCCGACGCGACAUGUGAAAGUUGUACCACUACUUCCAUAUAGCGAUGAUGAGAUUGAUGAGCUUGAUGGUUUUAUGGGUGGAUAG